UUUGUUGAAGAAAAAUGUGCUUCUUGAAUCAUCUGCAGUCUCUCCUCUACACAAAGAGCUCUUAAGGCUACUAACAGGAUAGAAGCAAAUUACAUUGAGARCUCAUUUGCAGCUCAGAAAAACAAAGACAUGAGUUUUGAGGAGUGAAGGUAUUAUGAUGUCGGCCAUGGGUGAUCAGGACACAGCCAGACAAUGUGGACCAAUUUCUUCAAACUGCGGAUUUUUUGCUGUCUGCUUGCAGUGCUGAUGGUGGUGGUGCUGGUCAUCAUUGUUACUGAGGUAGAGUACUUGGACCAUGAGACUGUUUCAGCCACAUUCAUCGACAGCAGUGGGCAAUUUGUUUUAUCUCAGGCUACAGGCAUUAGCCGAAAUCCCUACUGUGGCUAUGAACACCAGACUCUCUCCCGUCAGGAACGUUUGGAGGAGGACUCCUUGCUGGCCGCCUUACAGGGGCAGGUACCUGAUGUGGGCUUAGUCCCCUUUGUGAAGAGCACCGACCCUUCUUCUAGCUACUUUGUCAUCUUGAACUCCGCAGCCUUCUUCAGGGUGGGAAGCCAACUGGAGGUACUGGUUCAUGUGCAGGAUUUUCAAAGAAAACCCAAGAAGUAUGGUGGAGACUACUUGCAGGCCAAAAUCCACUCCCCCAAGCUGCAGGCAGGGGCUGUGGGCAAAGUAGUAGACUAUAAGAAUGGGUUUUAUAAGGUUUUUUUUACUUUGCUCUGGCCAGGCAAAGUUAAAGUGUCCAUAUCUCUGGUUCACCCAAGUGAAGGGAUCCGAGUUCUUCAGCACCUACAGGAAGAAAAGCCAGACAGAGUCUAUUUCAAGAGCCUGUUCCGUUCAGGAAGGAUUUCUGAAACCACUGAGUGCAAUGUGUGUCUUCCUGGGAGUCUGCCCUUGUGUAACUUUACAGAUCUCUACACUGGAGAGCCUUGGUUCUGCUUCAAACCAAAGAAACUCCCUUGCAGCAGCAGAAUUAAUCAUUUCAAAGGUGGAUAUUUGAAGGGUCUUCUAACUCCUACAGAGAGUGCUUUCUUCCAGAGUGGUGUCAAUAUCAAAAUGCCAAUCAAUUCCAGUGGACCUGAUUGGGUGACUGUGGUUCCCAGGAGGAUAAAAGAAGUACCUGAAGGCUCAGAAACUUUUCCUUCUGGGUAUUAUUACAAAGACCAGUGGAAGCCCAGAAGAUUUAAGAUGCGCCAUUUUAAUGACCCUGACAACAUUACAGAAUGCUUACAAAGAAAAAUGGUGUAUUUAUUUGGUGACUCGACAAUCAGGCAAUGGUUUGAUUACCUCACUACAUUUGUUCCAGACUUAGUGGAGUUUCAAAUGGGUAGUCCCAAGAAUGUGGGUCCCUUCCUUGCAGUGGAUCAGAAGCACAACAUCUUGCUCAAAUACCGUUGCCAUGGUCCACCCAUCCGCUUCACGACUGUCUUUAGCAAUGAGCUCCAUUAUGUGGCAAAUGAACUGAAUGGAAUCGUGGGAGGGAGGAACACAGUGAUUGCCAUAUCUUUGUGGUCUCACUUCAGCACCUACCCCUUGGAAGUGUAUAUCCGUCGGCUCAGGAACAUCCGUCGGUCAGUGGUCCAGCUCCUGGAUCGAAGCCCUAGGACUGUGGUGGUCAUCCGGACAGCCAAUGUCCAGGAACUGGGGCCYGAAGUGAGCCUCUUCAACAGUGACUGGUACAACUUUCAACUGGACACCAUCCUUCGGAGGAUGUUCUCAGGGGUCGGAGUAUAUCUCGUUGAUGCCUGGGAGAUGACCCUGGCCCAUUAUCUACCCCACAAGCUGCACCCAGAUGAGGUUAUUGUGAAGAACCAGCUGGACAUGUUUUUAUCUUUUGUGUGCCCCUUGGAGACCUAGGUUGCCCUGGAGGGGACUAGAGGAAUAACAUCUGUGAUCUCCCCAAUUGACUUCCAGUGCAUAAAGUUUGUCGGUGGCCCCAUUAUGAGAUGGCUACCAUCAAUAUAUAUAAAACUUCAAAAAAUGCCGUACUUUAUAUAAUGACCUGUGAGGACCUUGGAAAACGCAGGCUACAUUUAUAUCUACCUAUAGGAUUUUUUCCAAUCUUGAAUUAACCAUGGUAGAAUCCUUAUUAACAGCAUCUACACACUAUAUUGCCCUUGUAACCAAAGAUGCUAAUGAGUUUUUUUGAYCUAGCUUCUUCUGGGACUGGAGACUACUAUGUUAAAGCAUGUGAGAAAUGUUUUGAUGUAAAUGGAAGGGACAAAUUUGGUUGUCAGUGGAAGUGUUUGUGGCUUAUUUGGUAAAGGAAAUUGAAUAUAUCUGCAUGAAUAGUCCAAGUGGUCCUUCUUUAGGGGGCGAAUUAAAGAGGGCUUAUACUUAUAGGCUCCUGUGAACAUACUGAAGACUGCAGUGACCCAGGAGUUUCUCUUAAUCUACCUUUUCUGAAUUACUUGAAAAGGCUAAUGUGCUUGGUCAGAAUUUUAUAGUAUGGGAUAUUAAUAAUUUCCCACUUUUAUCUAGGAAAGAAGUGAAGGGGAAAUAUGAAAGCAGUAUGGAUAAAAUCUGUGCUUUGAAUUGAUAUUUGCAUUGGAUGAUUGUUUCUUAUUUGGAUCAGCUAAAUUUUUGUGUGAUGAAUAUUUAUUCUAAAACAACCACUUUUGGAACUGAAAGGGGGAAAUCUAUGCCCAGAAGUUUAUUUUUAUGUUCUAAAGUUUGAGGGGUUUUAAGAAUUGACUUUUAUGUAAAGAAUGCUAUUUAUUAUUAUAAAGAUGUAGAAGUUUUUUUCUGCCAAUUUCAAGUGUUUCCUUUUUGGUUAUUUUGAACUACAUACCAAAAUUAGAAGUUAGAAUCCAAUUAGAUAUUAAUAAAAUCAGAAAUUAAAAUUCAUGACAGGUAUUCCUUAUUUAGGCAUAUGUAUACACAUUCUCUCCCAUUCUCAAUUGUYAAUUUUCUUUGACUUUAUCUUACGUUUUUCUAAAAAWUUUUUUUUAGUUGUAGAUGGAC